AUGGAAGAAAAAAUUAAAAGUGAUAUACCAACAUUUAGUCAAUCGUGGACCCCAACGCAACGUUUUAAUGUUGCUGCAUUCAGUGUUCAACUUGUACAUGAUUACGUUUGGUCAACUAAGGAUGAAAAAGAAUCUUCGAUGAAAGAAUAUGUAAUAGGCAGCCCAUACACAACAGAAACCAAUAUUACAGAAUCAGAUUCAUUUUUGAUAUUAGCUUGUGACGGGUUAUGGGAUGUAUGUAACGAUCAAGAUGCUGUUAAUUUAGUCAAAGAUAUCCUGGAUCCACAAGUUGCCAGCGCUAAAUUAAUUGAACAUGCUCUUCAAAACUUUAGUACGGAUAAUUUGAGUGUGAUGGUAAUUAGAUUUACUAAUGGGUAA